UUGAUACCGCAACACAGAAAAAAAAGUAUAUUUUUCAGGAAUAACUGUUGUUGCUGCUGCUGUUGUUGCUGCUGUGGAGGAGGCGGCGGUGGAUGCUGCAGUGGCAAUUGUGGGGGUUUCGGGGGGUCUGGUGGGUGUUGUGGGGGAAGUGGUGGUGGCUGUGGCGGCGAAGGUUGUGGAGGCUGUGGCGGCGGAUGUGGUAGGGGAAGUGGCGGCGGGGGUUGUGGGAGCUGUGGUGGUGGGGGUGGUGGGGGCUAUGGCAGUGGAGGUAGUGGAGGCUGUGGCGGUGGGAGCGGCGGAGGCGGUGGGAGGUACAGCAGCGGAGGAGCGGGGGCUUGUAGCGGAGGGAGUGGAGGUUGUGGAGGUGGGGGCGACGGAGGUGGGGGCGGAGGCGUUAAUGCUAUUCAUGGAGGUGGGGGAGGAAGUAGAAGUGGGGGAUGCGAGGGUGGGAGUGGUGGUGUAGGAGGCGGAGGGAGUGGUGCUGGUGGAGACACACAAGGCGGGAAAUGUGGUGGUAGCGGCGGAGGUGGGGAAUGUGGAGGAAGUGCUGGAGGGAACGCUGGAAGUGUCGGAUGUGGAGGAGGAGGGUCAUCGGGUGGAAGAUCAGGUGGAGGAAAUGUUGGUGGUGGAGGUAGUUAUGGUGGAGAGGGUGGGUGCCAGGGUGGUGGUAGUGGUGGUGGCGGCUGCGGAGGUAGUCGAGGUCAUGGAGCUCAUGCUAGUCGCCGUGCUGGUGGUCUUGAAGGACUUGAAAAUUCGGGAGAUGCUGAAAACGGUAAUAGUGCUAUUGAGCCAGACAGCCUGCCACCACCGCCACCUGCACCUAUAACCGCAGAUGGAGGUCUCGUUAGCGGAGCAGCAGCUGUUGGUGGUGCGUCGAAUGCAUAUGAUCAGCGUGGCGUGAGGUUGCUGUUGCCUCAAGGGAUUCAAAGCGAUACUACGGGUGCCCAGCGUGACGGCAGCACGUUAAGGACAGGAGGAACCCAGUUACCAGCACUACUUUCGCCAUUUCCGUUACUGCCGACUGCUGGUGUUGGCGGUAGCUACAGUCAACGCGGCACACCUCUACUUUCAACCCUGCCGCACAUACGUCUGCCCCUUCCAGUAAUGCCUCCAUUCCGCGGAUUCACUGGACAGUUCCCUCUUUGA